CUUACCUCUAAAAUUUAAAAAAAUCUUCUAAAAGUUCACUCCAUCCUAUCCCCUAUUUCUUCUCUCUAACCCUAAAUUCUAAAAAGACUAUACAGUAACUUUUCAUGUAUGAAAAGCUACUGUAGCCCCCUCAUCUUCAACCACCCGCCCAUCUCAUCUACUCCCGCCCAUAUCAUAUCUUCUCCCGCCUAUCUCAUCUUCUCCCGCCCUCAUUCUUUUCCUUUCCACAGGUAUGGUUUACAAUUUCAUCUUGCCCUAACCCCAACUCUUAACCCCAAAUUCAUUAGGGCUUUUGUUGAGAAGAAUUACAAUGAACUGAAGAAAGCAAACCACCAGGCUGAGAGAAACCCAUCUUUCUUUUCCCUAUUCUCGCACAGCUUUGAAUAUGGAUUCACAAGACCAAGCGUUAAGAAAUCAACAAGGGGUGUGAAUUUCAUCCCGGAAGAAGACAAGCUACUUGUCUCCGCCUGGCUUAAUCAUAGCCUUGAUGCCAUUCAAGGAACGGAUCAGAAAUACUCUCAGUUAUGGGAAAAAAUCUUUGAGUACUUUCAGCAACAUAAAGAAACCACAAUCGAGCGAACGAUCAAGUCCUUAUCAAAUCGAUGGUCUUGUAUUCAAAAGGCCACAAAUAGCUUUUGUUCAUGCCUAGCUCAAGUUGAACGAUUAAAUCAAAGCGGCAUGACUGAGCAUGAUAAGUUUGAUAAGGCGAAAAUUAUGUACCAAUCAGAAGAAAAGUGCAACUUUCUGUUCGAGCAUUGUUGGAACCUAUUAAAGGACCAACCUAAGUGGAUUCUACGGGAUGCCGCAAAGCAAAGGAAGACGAUGGUCUCACCCCCGACCCCAACAACAACCCCAUCCCCAACGCGAAAUGUCAUUGAAGAUGAAGUUGUCGAAUUGAUCUUAAACUGUUGUUUGUAGUCUGAUGUUAGUGAAAAUGGAUGGCCACCUAGUACCAUGUUUGUCCGAAUGCUUGCUCGGACCAGUGCCAAGUGAUUACCAAGUAUUACCAGAUAGCCGUUGAGCGUGGGUUUACAAGAGGACGUACAACACGACAAGUUGCGGCUGCUUGUUUUUAUGUUGCCUGCGUUUUUUUGCUGAAAAACUGCAGUUUUUUGGCCAACUAGGUGGAGGUUAUAAACAACGAGGUUGCUGCUGAUGACGGGAGACCUUCAUCUCCGCCAGAUAGCGAGGAGGAGUUUUAGCAAAAAAAAGAACUUUUUCUUACGAUUGGAGCUGAUGAUGCCUUUGUUAAAUAAGACAUCAACACUAAUAUGAAAUCAAAUGUUGAUGCCCCUGUUAAAAUAUAUUCAGAUAAUGCAAAUGAAGCAAUUACAGCAAAUGGGAAAAGGAGGUUGCCUGAGAAACCUGCUGAGAAAAAGGUAUUUUUCCCAUGCAUUCUCACUUACUGAUUGGCAGAGGUGGCAACAUAAGUCUGUUGGGUGAGUUAAAUAAUUGGCCAAAAUGGGU